AUGGACAGUCGUCCUCCUAAGAGACAACGCAGAUCUAAGGAAUCAAUACCGAUCAAAUCAAAACGAAAAGCCAUUAUUUCAGACGGCUCCAGUCCUAUUGAAUCAGCAGAACCCUUCGCCCUCUCCACGCGGCCCAAAACCUCCUACCCACGCGCAACACCAUCAACUCGGCUCCCCUCAUCCUCACCCUCUCCAAACAAAAAGAACAGAUCGUCACCGAACCCAGAUUCCAAAUCCAAGUCGUUGCACAGCUUCUUCCAGCCCGCAACAGAGGGACAGCGAUGGGCACCAAAAGCCGAGAAACAGCCCCUUCCGCAGGUUAGGGAGACUGUCGACGUGGACUUGAUUGAAGAUGACUACGACUCCUACGAUGAGAUAUUCACACAGCAUCUAGCUAAUGAACGGGCGGUACUGGGUACAGCGGCGGUGGGCUCCAGCCAGACGCGUCAACCUGCGCCAAAGCCAAAGGCACCAGUCAAACCACCGCGGAAGACGACAAAACGAUUUCUUCUGUCUACGGACUCUGCGAAUACCGCUUUGAAGAAGCCAGUCGCUGCGCAAUCAGUUAGCGAACCGGACCGUCGACCGUGGGCUCAGCGGUUCGCUCCGGCCAACCUGAGCGAAUUGGCCGUUCAUAAGAAAAAAGUCUUGGACGUACAGCAUUGGCUGGAAGAUGCUUUUGCUGGGAGGCGUUCUGAGAGGUUACUCGUCCUACGAGGUCCGGCAGGCAGUGGGAAGACGACCACUGUAUCCCUGCUCUCCGACUCACUUGGUUACGACAUUGUCGAGUGGAGGAAUCCCCCGGUUUCUGAAUUUGGAGAUCGCGAUUAUCAAUCCAUGAGCGCGCACUUUGAAGAGUUUCUUGGUCGGGGUAACAAAUUUGGAGGGCUUGACCUUAAACACGCCAGCGAUUUCGAUACUCGGAAAGAUGAGAAACCUCGGAAUCAGCGGAUACUUUUAAUAGAGGAGUUUCCAACUGUUCUUGGCCGGGCAUCGUCCGCCCUCACGGCGUUUCGGACGUCCCUUCAACGAUAUCUAGCUGCCUGUACGAAUGGUCAAGCCCGUGGUAAUUCUGGAUCCAAUGACCCGCCCAUCGUGAUCAUUGUGUCGGAGACUUUGUUAGGAUCUGCGUCCUCGAUCUCAGAUAAUCUGACAGUUCACCGGUUACUGGGGCCCAUGAUCUACAAUCACCCCGGUACAACGAUAUUGGAUUUCAAUAGUAUUGCACCCACUUUUAUGCACAAGGCAUUGCGCUCUGUUUUGGACAAAGAGGCGCGGAACUCCAGACGUGUCCAGAUACCUGGACCGGGAGUUAUAGAUAGUAUCUCUGAGAUUGGCGAUAUCCGCAGUGCAAUAUCCUCUCUCGAGUUCCUCUGUCUCAAGGGGGAUGAUAUGGGGAGAUGGGGAGGAAGCGUGACCAAAACAAAGAGAGCUCGAGGCGAAGUUGCUUUGACAGCCAUGGAGAAAGAAUCUCUCAAGAUGAUAACUCAGAGAGAGGCAAGUCUAGGCAUGUUCCAUGCCGUUGGAAAGAUCGUGUACAACAAACGCAUGGACCCGAGUCUGAUCGAGGGUGAUGUCGAGAUCCUUCCACCUCCACCGGACUAUCUGCAUCACCAUGCACGACCAAAAGCUUCGCAGGUAUUGGUCAAUGAUCUAGUCGACGAGACCGGAACCGACAUAUCAACGUUCAUCAGUGCUCUUCAUGAGAACUACAUCCCCUCGUGUGAUGGAGAUAAUUUCACCGACUAUCUCAACGAUUGCAUCGAUGCACUCUCCGAUAGCGAUAUCCUCAGCGCUGACCGCCGACCAGGGCAAGGGACACGGGCCGGUAUAGGAACUGGAAUUCCCACUUUCGGUAGCGGCGUCGACGUGCUCCGGCAAGAAGAGAUGAGUUUUCAAGUUGCAGCACGUGGUCUUCUUUUCGCCCUUCCUUAUCCGGUCAAGAGACGGGUUGGGUCUGGAACUGGACGAAGCCGCGCGGGUGAUGCUUACAAGAUGUUCUACCCGGCAUCUCUGCGAUUAUGGAGAGAGGCUGAGGAGGUUGAUGGGCUGAUCGACUCCUGGUCCCUCCGAUUACUCGAUCCUUUUAGACAGCAGCAUCUUUCUCGCGAGGGUUCUGACCUCACGGGUGUCAGUUCCUGGAAAAAUCUCCAAGUGGGAAGGUCGACCUCGACCAACUCGGGGAACAAGGAUGAGAGUCCGGGUGUGGUCACGAUGAUACCCCGGAAUGAUCUACUGCUUCAUCAACUGCCUUAUAUGGCUGCAAUCCGGCAUCAGGACCCGGAUUGUUGGCAGCUGGAUAAGAUUACUAUCAUUUGUUCCACCGAGAAUCUUCGUAAUGAUGGCCUUGACGAUAUGGAGGAGUCGCCAGCACAGCGUAUGAAGCAACCCAGUAAUGUUUUGGAAGGACUGCCCGAAGAGAAAUUGAUACUCAGUGACGAUGAUAUUGUUGAUUGA